UCAGUGGUGAGCACAUUGGGGCCCUAGCCAUGAGUGAGACCACCAGUGGCUCAGAUGUGGUGUCCAUGAGACUCACUGCAGAACACAAAGGCGACCACUAUUUGCUGAAUGGUACCAAGUUCUGGAUCACAAAUGGCCCGGAGGCAGAUGUUCUUGUUGUUUAUGCUAAAACAGAGCCCAAAAAGGCACAACAUGGAAUUACCACUUUUCUUAUUGAAAAGACAAUGGAAGGUUUCAGUGUGGGAAAGAAGCUGGACAAACUGGGGAUGAGGGGAUCCCCCACUGGAGAACUUAUUUUUGACAAUGUCAAAGUGCCAGAGGAAAAUAUAAUUGGUGGUGAGGGGAAAGGCAUAUAUAUCCUGAUGAGUGGUUUGGAUAUAGAGAGAGCAUUAGGAGGGGCAGGAUGUCUUGGUAUUAUGCAAGCUGCCUGUGAUAUGGCUUUCCAAUAUGCUCAUGAAAGAGAACAAUUCAACCAGAAGAUUGGAACUUUCCAGUUACUCCAAGGCAAGAUGGCUGACAUGUACACUAUCCUGAAUGCCUCCAGAUGUUAUGUGUACAAUGUUGCCAGGUCCUUGGACAGAGGGAAUGUCAUACCCAAGGACUGUGCUGCUGUUAUACUGUACACAGCUGAAGCAGCAACAAAAGUUGCAUUAGAUGCCAUUCAGAUACUGGGUGGAAAUGGAUACAUUAAUGAUUAUCCAACAGGUCGUUUCCUCAGAGAUGCCAAGUUGUAUGAGAUAGGGGCUGGUACCAGUGAAGUGAGAAGACUAGUCAUAGGCAGGAGCCUUAAUGCUGAGUAUGGUGUAAAAUCAAGGUGAAGGUCAUCAAGUUCAAGGUCUUCCAGGAAGAGAUGCUAAAAGCAUGCCUUAUAUAUAUUGCCAGUUAAAAUGUUUCCAUUCAGGGAAAUUAAAAAAUGCAUUUAGAUAUUUCAUGUAAAUGAGAUUGCUAGUCUGCUUCAAGUACUUGAUGAAUCAGAGAAUGGUAGAAAUAUUGGAAAAACAAGGAAUCAUGACUUCAAUUUAAUUAAAUGAUUGUUUUUCCUUCCCAAUUAAUAACUAUUUGACCAUGUUUUUUUUAUCAACCACAUUGUCAAUUCGCACAUUGAAGGAUGCAUUUUGUUGGUGGGAUAAAAGGUGUUGAGGUGAAUGCUGAUUAUUCUCUGAGGAUUUCACACAAUAUGGAAGCAAUAGUAUAAAUUUCAGGGUGAAGGGUGGGUUUUAUGAUGUAAUCUUAAUUGCUGGAAUAUUUUUGAACAAGUGACACAAAUAUGAGUACAGACUGAUUUACUACUGUAAUGAAUGCUGCUCAGCAAUUAUUUAUUUUAUUUAUUUGAAAUUAAACUAUCUAGAAUUCACCAUAACAUAUUACUGGUGGAAAAAAAACUGAAAGUUAUAUGUAAGGGUUAUGUAUGUCAGUGUAUCACUUCAUCAGGAAUUUACGGUACAAAUGGCAUUGACUGAAAAAAAUAGAUCUGGUUUGUUCACUUGGUUCAUAACAAUAAAUAAAAACCUUAUUUACUGAAUAAUUGAAAUUGAUCUCAAGUUAAUGAAGUCCCCUUUAAAUGUGAAAGCACUUUAUUUGUAGUAUGGGGGAUCAUGGGUAUCGUGUAGCACCCAACCAAGAAACUCUAUGUUCAUGAACAAGGAAUCAAUUUCAGCGCAUUACUUGCUGAGGAUAAUCCAUUGAAUAUUAACUCUGAUCAUAUUUACCUUGGGGCUCACUUGUAUUGAUUUUAACUAUUUCGGGUUUGCAUAGGAUUAACACUAUUAGAUGUAAACAAUGGGGUCACCACUGGACCAGGGAUGGGCUGGACCUCACUCGGGUAAAGCCAGGUUGUCAUGGCAGUUCUAAGCAUCUGUAUAAAAAAUAAAUAUGGAUAUCUAGCUUCAAGUUUGAAAAGAAAAAUAGUGUCCCUGACUCCCCGUUUAAGAUGUUAUUGCUUACACCACAAGAUUAAUUGUAUUUUUGAAUGGGCAUUUUAAAUGAUCUUACGUAUUUUUUUCUCGCAUUUUCUCUCAUUGUUAAAAUUGAUGGAACAACAAGAUGAUGCAAAAUACAAUCAUAACAUGGUUUCUUUUGAAAAGUGCUUGAUUGGUAAAUAUGAAGUUUAGUAAAACCUUGGCAAACUUAGUUAUUUUUGAAGGAGAGCACUGGGUAGUAGGAUUUGCAACAACUGCAUACGUGUACACGUUUUUAUGUAAUGUAUAUGAGCCGCACCAUACCCAGGAGAUGAAAUACAA